CUGUUGUAUAUUUACUUAUUUAAAUUACUUCUUGUUACUUGCCAAGAUCUUAAUAUGCCACUAGUUGUUUUUACAGGCUAUCCUUCUUCAGGAAAAACCCAGAGAGCACAUGAGCUUAAAAAGGCACUUUAUGAUAAGAUAGAAUUAGAUGAAAGAAAACCAUCAUUUCAGGUCGUUUUGAUUAAUGAUGAAUCUCUUGGAAUUAAGAAGGAUGUUUAUGGAAAUGCGACAAAAGAAAAAGCUGCUCGUGCAACAAUGUAUUCAGCCGUUGGGCGUGCUUUAAAUAAAAACACAAUUGUAUUAUGUGACGGAAUGAAUUAUAUUAAGGGUUAUAGAUAUCAAUUGUAUUGUGAGGCUAAAAACACUGGUACAUCUUAUUGUGUGAUCCAUUGUGGGACUCCAAUUAAUAUAUGUAGAGAAUGGAAUUGCGAGCGAAAAUCUUUAGGAUAUCCUCCAGAUGUAUUUGAGGAACUUUUGAUGAGAUAUGAAGAGCCUAAUUCAUUGGCGAAAUGGGAUUCGCCUUUAUUUACUGUAAUAUAUUCAGAUUUAUCUUCUCCUGUUGAUUCGAUAUGGGAAAUCUUAUCUAGUAAAAAAAUGAUCAAACCUAAUGCAUCAACAAUUGUGAAACCAUUGCCAUCAUCUGACUAUUUAUUUGAACUUAAUAAAAUUACUCAGAAAAUUAUAGAUACGAUAAUUGAAAAUCAAAUGAAUCAUGGUUCAGAAUCAGAGAUAAAAAUCGAUUCAAUAAAUAAAAGUAUAACUUUGUCAAAUAAUGUUACGUUAUCAAAAUUACAAUCUAUAAGGCAUCGGUUUAUUAAUCUUAAUAGAAUACAAACAUCUAGUAAAAGUAAAAUUCAAGAAAUUUUUAUAGAUUUUUUAAAUAGCCAUUUAAACGAGGAUAUUAAAUAAGCAUAAAUAUUUUAUAAUUAUAUUUAAGUUAUUUG